AUGUUCAUAGCUGCUUGGUUUUCUACCCGCCGUACAUCUAGCGCAUGGCUCUUCUUCAUCGCGCUAUUCUGCUUCUCAAUACACGCCGCAGCAUCGAACCUAACAUGCUACUACCCGGACGGCCUUGAGAACAGAGGCGACGCGUGCAAUCCUACCUCCUCCGUCUCCCAAUGCUGUGGUCCCGGCUUCGUUUGUCUCGGUAAUGGCCUCUGCCUCCCAGGUCCCGAAGACACGAAAUCCUACGACUGGAAAUACUACCGAAGCGGCUGUACCGAUCCAAUAUGGGCUUCCCCAACCUGUCCCAAUUUCUGUCUAGGCCCCAACGAUAGCAUCGACUCGGGCCAAGGCAUCCAAAGCUGCUCCGGCGGCCCGAACCGCUACUGCUGCGCCCACAGCCGCCGUAUGGACUGCUGCUCCAACUCCACCAACAUCUUCACCCUCGGCUUGGCGAAUAUCGUCACCACGAUACCGUAUAUCUCGAAGGCAGCUAGCACGACAGCUCCGCCCAGCAUUACUCUGGUUCCAGGUCCUUCGUCCGGCAGUGGCGGUGUAUCGAAGAGCGUUUCCACAGGUGUAGGCGUCGGCGUUGGCGUCGGUGGCGCGCUCGCCAUCAUCCUCGGUGUUCUUCUCUUCCUACGGCACAGGCAACGAAAGAUGGGCGCGAAACGGUCCCCGGAGUUUGGUUCGCACAGGUUUGAGACGCGGCAGGAUGGGGCGGGGAAUGAUAGUGGGACUGUGGUAAAAGAUGCAGAGUUUUUGGCGAUGCGCGACGGCGGGGGAGAGGAGAUUCGGGCGUAUCUACCGAGUAGUCCGCUGGAGCUGGAGAGCUCGCCACGGUUUGAGUUGGGCGUAUUGCCGGAUCAUGACGAGCGUGCGCCGCUGGGGAAGAAGGGGGAUGAGGCAGAGGAAAGGAAUAAGUACCCUGGGAAGUAUUUUAAAGAGGAGGGGUUGCAUCGGCAUGAGGUGCCGGGUUGA